GGGGGCUCUGGUUCUCAUACCAGUAACUUGGGUUCGAGUAAAGCUUUGAAAUCAGCUCCUUAUCACACAAGUUGAAACAAACAGAUGGAGAAAGAGUUGGAUAUGCUCAUCAUGAGGUUUUUCCAAGUGGAGACGAUUUGGAGGCUUGUCCUGAUUUUCAAUGGGAAAGUCAGCCCCACAAUUUUCCUCAAAGUCAUGUGCACGAGGAAGUUGAUUUUACCAUCAACAAAAAGAGGGGAUUGUGGGUUAACACUGGAGGUGGAGACAGGAAUUUUAUGGCUACUGGUAGACACAAAAAGGGGGAUCAUACCUGUUACAUGUGUGGUUCUCCAGACCAUUUCAUAAGAGACUGUCCAGCUGCUUCCAGCCCAUACCCUAUGCUUCAAACAGGAAAUUCUAUGUUUCCAGGAGCUAUGUCAGGUUAUGCUUCACCUUGCUGGAAUAGCAAUCCAUUACCCCCCAUCAGGCCCUUCACUAAUAUGUAUGGCAAUUCUGGGAUGAUGCCUUUCAAUUCUGGAAUGGUCCCUUCUUCACCUUUUGCAGUUCCUCCAUAUAUGCCAUAUAUGUAUGGAGGCUUACCUGUUCCCAGUGGAUUCAUGAGGAUGGGAGGUAUGUUGGCACCUGAAGUACAAACUGGUUCAGAACGUCCUCUAACCCAUUCAGAAAAUAUGCAGCUUCGAGAUUGUGAAAACAGAUGGAAGCUUUCAAAUGAGAAUCUGGGGAGACGACAAUCUUAUGAUGAUGAAGAUGACGGUUACAAUAAGCGAUAUCACUGUAAUGUGCCAGAAAGAUCACGAGUUUAAAUCUCGUGUAGAGAGGGAAAAGAGUGCAAGCUACUCUGAAGACAGCUUUACUCGUGUAUCACAGAGGAAAUAUCAGCAUAUUUAGAUCAUGACAACCAUGCUGUUGAUGAAAGACACGAGAAGAAUUUAUGUUCCACAAUUGCUGGAAGAGACCGAUCUGAUCGGAAGCCAUAUCAUCAAGAGAGAUCAAAUUCAGGAGUUGAAGAUAUGCCCAAUAGUUCUGACAGGCGGAAUGAAGAGAGGCAUAAACAUCCUCGUAGAAGCUCCAAACAGCGUGAAAGUAAGGGGAAGUGUGGCAGUGAUUCUAGUAGGAGCCAUCAUCAGACUAAAAAAGAAAAAGAUUAUCGAGGAAAGAGGCUUGAGUCUGACAUCGAACCCAAUCGGAAACAUCACAGCCACUCAGGAUCUGGUUUAGAACCAUGCUCUUCGGUUGAUCAGAAAAAGCAAUAUAAAGACAAAGACCCCAGUCACAUAUCCAGACACUCUAGGCACAACACAAAGCCCAGUAGUGACGAUAUGUAUAAUGACAGGUGGCAGAUGGCCAGUGGCUCAGAGGACUAUGGAGAAGGUUAUCGUUACCGCAAGCGGAAAAGAGUUCACUAAAACAAGACGUGCAUGCUGUUGAGGUAAAGGUGUAUAUAAGAUGGCGUAUAUUGACUUAGGUGAUCCUGGUAGGCUUUCAUUUUAAGUACUUAUUCUGUACCAACUUGGUUUAGUAUACAUCUAGUUUAUCAUCUUUUAUUUACCUAGAAGUGCUGGAUAUAUUAAGAUGCACACUACUUUGGACACAUGUAGGCUCAUUACCAUCUAAUUUAGAAUUCUAUGUUGGCUUUGUUGAUACAGAUCUAUUAGAGUGGUCAGCUUUUGGACAGUUACAUCAUCAUUAUCCUUUCUGAAA